UGGACACCGUACAGGCGGAGCUUACGUUCUGCUAGGGAGUGUGGAAGGUUUUCGAACUACACGUGUAUGAUUUGGCAUUCCAGAUGUGCGAGGGACGUGCAUAAAUAACCAAGAUCCCUGAGAGCCAGAUAUAGAUUGACAAUGGAUGCUUUGGAUGUAGAGAAGCCCUGGGACUGCUUCGACACCAACAGUGAGGCCAGCAAGGAGAGCCAGACCUUGGACUCACCUGCAGAAGAGGAGCAAUCGAAGACAGAUGCUGCACUCCUGGGUAGCCUGAUAGAGAGGGUGUCAGUGUGCAAACCCUCCGAACAGAGUGACAUUAGCCAGUCGGACCAGGAGCAGAACAAGGAGUCAAAGCUCAGGGAAAGUGGGGAUUCAAGUGAUAGCAUAAAAUACACAGAAAACAGUGACAGAACAGAGCCAAGUCCCUCAUCAACUAAAGAUGAUGUAAAACGUCCUUUUCAGUUGAAUGAUAAUAUGAAGAAAGGCCUUUCCAUGCUCGCCUAUCCUAGCAAAGGGGCUCGCCCUCGCUCAAAGCCUCUAAACAAGGGUCCCCAGCAGUCUCAAACAAAAUCAAAGUGCAGAAUAACCAUAGGUGAAACCCUAGAGAAAGUGCAGGACAUCAGAAACAGCUUGGGAGAGACCUCAAAAGAACCAGAAACCAGUAGUGAGAGUGCCAAUAUAGAAGACCAGUCAGCAGUUCUAAGAGACUCAGGUGAAGUAAAAGUUCCUUCUCCUGUGUUAAGUGAUAAUGCUGAAACUGAUGGUGUUGAUAUAACAAGUGAGAGUGGAGAGAUUAAGAGCCAAGUAAGAGAAGAAGAGAAUCGGACAACAGCAACUGCAGUUUCACUAAUAACUAAAGACAGAAGCACAGCAUCACCUGCAACUACUCCAGGUAGGAUACCUGUGCUGUGCCUGUUUAAACAAGGUUUCUGUCUUCAUUCACCUUGUAUCAUGUGACUUCCACUUCCUCAUUAUCAAUAUCGCCCUCUUUGAUUUUUUUUCAUGUCAUUAUUAUAGGCCAACCAACUUUAUUUGUCUUUUUCUGUUCUGUUUAUUUACAGUAUAAUAUUUCAUUUCUUUUCAUGUUAAACUUACACACAAUCCCACAAACUCCUUUUCCCUAAUCCUUUCUCAUUCAUUGCUUCUCUCUUUUAUCUUUUCUUCUCCAUUCUUUUGAUUUCUCCAUCUCAACCUCUGUU